UUGUAUGAAUUCUUUUUGCUCCAUGUACAGGCUUCUAUCUACAGCGAUGGUUGUUUUCGGGUGCUCUCGAAACACACUCGAGUUGAGUUGGGAAUUCAUCCUUUUAUUUUGAAAACAACUUUUUUCUUUUCGAAAAUAGACCACUUCAUGCGCCCCCUCCCCUUCACGGCGUGACCCUUCUUGUGUUCCCUUUCAAUCGUCGCUUCGUCCAAGUUCUGAUUUUGGGAGUUUUCGCCCGUCGCGCGGCUGUCGGCGCGCCGUCGCUCACGUCACACGCACGAGCGGCGUCGUUUGGUGUCCGACUUGCGCACUUAAAAAAAAAAAGGGUCCGACUGCGUGUGUGGCCCCCGUCCGUCCCAGAAGAAGGAAGAGGGCCUCCCUUGGCUUCCCUUGGGCUUGCCUCCGGAUCCGAGGCGAAAGGAGGUCAACGGCGCUCGCUAGCCCACCAAAAAAGAGGAGAACUUUGUAUCCGAUUUCAUGGAAGCCGGGCGCCGGGCUGCUGCUGCUGCCGUUGCCCAUCGCCGUUUAUGGUGAAUCCCGCCAUGUCCGGUCCUACCUGGCUGCCACCCGGGGCUUUGGAUAGCCCCGAGCGGGCCGUCCCUCAGCCGUCUCGCCCCGCGGGCUCGUCCGUCUACCGCGCACCCAACAAGAAGGCCGCGCCUGACUUCCGGCCCAAAUACAACCCGUACGACCACAAUGGGGCGGGGGCCGGAGGGAUGGCGACGAGGUACAUGGCAACCGGACCCACAGGUGGGCCCGUUCAUCACUCCCCCGGCCAUCACUAUUCCCCGCCCCCGCAAGACGAGCGUAAGCGGAGCGCCCACGGGGACGGCUACGAGCCGAUGCAGCGCGGCCCCGACAACGGCGGGGGCCACCACUCCAAGAUCGACGCCGACAUCGACUCGCUCACCGCCAUGCUAGCCGACCUGGACGGGCGGCCGCAGGACUCGGGCGCGCAACUGUACGACAACGUGCCUUACAACAAGUACCCGUCGGCGGACGGCUACGACGCGGGAUACCCUCCGCACCCCCAGAGCCACUACCGGCCGCCGUCAUCUUACGGAUGCCCGUACGCCGCGUCGCAGCAGGAUUCGCGCGCCGCGUACCCGCAGCCCGUGCCGGCGUCCUACGCCACCGCCUCCACCCCCACGGGCCCCCGCUUCAGCGUGCAGGUCAAGACGGCGCAGCCCGUCACCUACUCGCAGACGGGGAGGCGGGCCGAGCAGGCCUACGCGCCGCCUGGCCGGCACGCGCCGCAGCUUUGGUACGCGCCGCGCCCCGCCUCGCCGCUUCAGGAGAUGCAGAGGGGGCGAGGGCCCCAGGGGGGCGUGUCCAGAAGAGGGACGGAAAACCCUCAAACGGGAGCGCCGCUCAGUCCCGCUUACCCGUCCGGCAAGCACGCGGCAGCGCCGCCCCGCCCGGAAGAGGAGUUGGAUCGCCUCACCAAGAAGCUGGUGUACGACAUGAACCACCCGCCGGCCGAGGACUAUUUCGGCCGCUGCGCCGGCUGCGGCGACGACGUGGUGGGCGACGGCAGCGGCUGCGUGGCCAUGGAGCAGGUCUUCCACGUGGAGUGCUUCACCUGCGUCGCCUGCCGCGGACGCCUACGGGGGCAGCCCUUCUACGCCCUGGACAAGAAGAGCUACUGCGAGGCGUGCUACAUUAGUACCCUGGAGCAGUGUUCCAAGUGCCGCAAGCCCAUUUUGGACCGCAUCCUGCGCGCCAUGGGGAAGGCGUACCACCCUCGCUGUUUUACCUGCGUGGUGUGUAACGGCUGCUUGGACGGCGUGCCCUUCACGGUGGACGCCACCUCGCAGAUACACUGCAUCGACGACUUCCACAGGAAGUAUGCGCCUCGCUGCUCCGUGUGCGGCGAGCCCAUCAUGCCCGACGCGGGUCGGGAGGAGACGGUCAGGAUUGUGGCGCUGGACCGAAGCUUUCACGUCAACUGUUACGUCUGCGAGGAAUGCGGCCUCCUGCUGUCCUCGGAGGGCGAGGGGCGCGGCUGCUACCCGCUGGACGGCCACAUCCUGUGCAAGGGCUGCAGCGCCCGGCGGAUCCAGGACCUCUCGGCCAAAAUCUCGACCGACUGCUGAUGACCGACAUGCCGUGGGACACCAUUUUUUUUCUUCUUUUUUUUUUACAUCACACGGCUUUCAGUGCUCAUCGUCCUUUGUCUUUUAUUUGCUAAUCUGUGUGGUGUUGUGACAGAUCCAACUAAGUGAAGUAGCCAUCGUCACCUUUCGGUACAGAUUUUGUCCUAUACGGCACUGGUACUUGCACACCAAUUUCAAACGGAAGGAUGACAGGG